AUGCCAAUCUUCUCGAUCUUCAGCAAGGACUCGCACAGAAUCAAACCAUUCGCUGCUAUUCCAUAUCCUGCGAAGAUUGACGUCUCGCUUGAACUGCCUAUCGAUGACAGCUAUGCACCCGAUCCUGAGAACUCGGAACUGUUAGAGAGGUCGAAGUCCUUCUCAGCUUGGGAGACCCUGCCAGUGGAAUACCUUCUAACUGUAUUGCAGUUCGACUCCCCGAAUCAUCUUCACGUCACUCUGAUUACGGAGAUGUUGAAUGGUCUCGGUGCGCAACUUGGAGCAUGGGAGAAGUUCGAAGAUCCGAAAGCUGGUGUUAUCUCCUAUUUUCACAAAGCAUUCUAUAAGACAUUCAUUGACAGCGGGAUGAAAGACUUUGCUGUUGAAGUGAUAAAGAAAUAUCCUGGAUUCCGUGUAUGGUGUAAGAACGGAGCUCGUCUGCUCACAUGCAAUGCAAAUCUCACAAUGAUAAUCUCAGGUGUAGUUAUGCUGAAUCGCACUUUCUUAAUAACUUCUGUGCUUGCAACGAACGGUCAAAGUGAAGACAAACCGCUUUUCUAA